UCUAGUUAGGGAAAAAAAAAAAAGGCUGCUACACUUUCCCAAUAUGUGGUAUAUUUGUUUGCAUUUUAGAUGUAUCUUUAAAAGCAUUGAGAUUAAACAUAUGCAAGAUAUAUAAUGAACUUCCCUAGGGCUUUAAGAAUCGAUAUUUUGUAAAAUGUAGAAGCAAGGAAAAACUAAGAAGUAACCAAAAUAAUUGCUAAUUUGCAGUGAAAAUAGAUUUCAUUUUAGUCAUUUAAUCUCAAAAAUUGGGAUUAUGAGAAAAUUUCAGAUUUUUUUAUUUCUAGUAAGCCUUUUCUAUAAGGGAAAUAUGAUACAGUGAAAAGCUCAUGGGCUCUGGAAUUAAAUGUUUCCUUUAUAUUUACUGUGUGUGUGACGUGUCACUUAUUAACCCCAGUUUCCUUAUCUGCAUGUGUUAGGGUAUUAGAUUAGAAGGCUUUUAAGAAUACUUCCAAAUCUAGAUCUGUAAUCUUAAUCAUAACCUAUCUUUACAAUUUCUACAAUUUUUAUUUUGCUUGCUGUUCUUUGAGGGAAGGUUUUUGGAUUAUGGGUGAAUACAAUUCUUAUCAGAUCAAUUCCUUACUGUUUUAUAAAUUCCUAUUUACAGAUAGCUAAGAACAAGCAGUAUGAUAUGCAUGUUGAAGUCACAACAUUAAAGCAAGAAAAAGACCUAGUUCCAGAUCAUGAAGAGCGAAUACUUGAAAUAAUAAGAACCUCAGAUGGAUUCAAGAGAGAAUUGCCUAAGUUGAAUUCUACUAAUUUAGAACAAGAGAAUUUCUACAAUGUUAACAGAAAUUAUGAAUGCUCUGACAAAGAUGAUGAAUUUAAAUUUCAGGGUCUCCAACACAUGGUAACUGCUAGGCAGUUGGUUGAGGUGAAGCUUCUUGACUUGGGUACACUUGAGCAGCUGCGCCUUGGUCUCAAGUCUGUGGAAGACAUUCAGAAAAGUCUAAGCAAGUUUUUGACUAAAUCCACUGCAAUUGCAGGGCUCUAUUUGGAGUCUACCAAAGAAAGAAUGACAUUUACCUUAGCAGCAAAGAAAAUAAUCAUAGAUAAAGCCUUGGCUUUAGCAUUUCUGGAAGCUCAAGCAGCAACAGGCUUUAUUAUUGAUCCCAUUUCAGGGCAGAAAUAUUCUGUAGAGAAUGCAUUUAUGAAGGGGAUUGUUGAUAAUGAAUUCAAAAAUCAGCUUCUUGAAGCUGAAAAGGCAGUCUUAGGAUAUCUACAUUGUUCAAAGAAGUUGUCAGUGUUUCAAGCUAUUGAGAGCAGGCUGCUUGAAAGAAAAAAAGGAAAGCAUAUUCUGGAGGCCCAAGUUGCCUGUGGGGGAGUCAUUGAUCCUGUGAGAAGUAUUCGAGUGCCUCCAGAAAUAGCUGUGCAGCUGGGAUUGCUGAAUAAUGCCAUUUUACAAUUUUUACAUGAGCCAUCAAGCAACACCAGGGCUUUCCCUAACCCUAAUAAUAAACAAGCUCUCUAUUACUCAGAACUAUUGAGAAUGUGUGUCUUUGACACGGACAGUAAAUGCUUCUUACUUCCAUAUGGAGAAAGGAAAAUUUCCAAUCUUUCUGUAGAAAAAGCUCAGAAAGUUUCUGUAGUAGACAUAAAGACAGGAGCGGAACUGACUGCAUUUGAAGCUUUUCAAAGAAAUCUUAUUGAGAAAAACACCUACCUUGAGCUUUCAAGACAGCAGUACCAGUGGAAGGAAGCCACAUUCUUUGAUUCCUGUGGAAAGACUUCUCAUAUGCUGACUGAUGUUAAAACAGGAUUGCACUUUAGUAUCAGUGAGGCAGUAGAACAGGGAGUAAUUGACAGAGCUCUGGUCAAGAAAUGUCAGGAAGGUGUCAUCACAACCACUGAGCUUGCUGAUACUUUGCUGAGCAAAUUAGUUCCAAAGAAGGAUUUAAAUAGCCCAGUUGCAGGGUACUGGCUAUCUGAUUCUGGUGAAAGGAUCUCAGUUCUCAAAGCUUCACGUAGAAAUUUAAUUGAUCGGAUUACUGCCCUUAGAUGUCUUGAAGCUCAAGUCAGUACAGGUGGUAUCAUUGAUCCACUUACAGGCAAAAAGUUCAGGGUGACUGAAGCUUUACAUAGAGGGUUAAUCGAUGAGUCAUUUGCCCAACAACUACGGCAGUGUGAGGUGGUGUUCAGAGGAAUUACUCAUCCAGUCACUAACCAGCCUAUGUCCAUGGUUGAAGCUAUGAGCACAAGUAUUCAGAACAUAGAACUUGGGAUCCGAUGUUUGGAGUUCCAGUACCUGACAGGUGGGUUAAUCCAUCCACAGUCUCACACAAGAUUGUCAAUAGAAGAAGCUCUAAAGGAGGGGAUCCUUGAUGUCCUUACUGCUUCAAAGCUUAAAGAUCAGAAGCCCCAUGUCAGGGAUAUAAUAUGUUCCAAAACUAAAAGGAAAUUGACUUAUAAAGAAGCCUUAGAGAAAGCAGAUUUUGAUUUUCACACAGGACUAAGACUCCUAGAAGCAUCGGAGCCCCUCAUGUCUGGGAUUUCCAGUCUCUACUAUUCUUCCUAAAAUUCAGUGACAUUAUGGUAGUGCUUAAGAUCUUUUCUCCUUUAAAUCAUUCAGUUCACUACUGUUUUCUUGUCAAGUUGGAAACUUUGUCUAAAAGGGUUUGUUACAUUUAGAACAAUAUAACCAUGACUGAAGGAGGAUUAAAAUGGCUUUAUUUAGUUUGAGAUUAGUUCUGUACACCUGACUAGGAUAAAUGAAGUCUUCUACAUCCAAAUGUAGACAGGAUGAGUUUCAACCAAGUUCAUGUAAUCCUAUCACUCCUUCAGAGUUACUCUAUUCUUUACCAGCCCUGAAAUGGUUUCAUUUAGUUUUGAGAUUAGUUCUGUACACCUAACUAGGAUAAAUCAAGUCUACAUCCAAAUGUGAACAGGAUGAAUUUUAUCCAAGUUCAUGAAAUCCUCUCAUUCUUUCAGUUAUUCUAAUCUUUAUCAGCCUUGACCUCAUACUAGGAGCUUCAUUUCCUGAAUGAUGCAGUAUUUUCAGAUCAACCAUAUGAAACAGCACCAGGAACAAAAUAGAGAAAGAUCUUCUACUGGCCUUGUAUACUUAAAUCCUUCUGAGAUUUAGACUGUACUGAAAAAUAAAAUAAUUUUGAGUUUUCUUAUAUAAUAUAUUACAGCUCUAUUACAUUUUAAAGUAGCUAAUAAAAUUGCAAUUAUGUUCAAGAUCUUAAAAGAAAUUUAAAAUUAUUUAUUUUGAUAAGGGGGAGGGUGAAAGUGGUGGCUCAAUAUUAUUUGAUAGAUAUUGCUGGAAAUCUUCAUAUUUUUCUUGUGUAAACAUACUCUGUAUUCCUCUAACAUGACAAUCUAUUCAAGAUUCUUCUGUAACAAUGACUUGAUAUGUAAUGCUAAUGCAAAGGCAGCAAUUCAAAGAUUUUAGAUUUUGAAUAAAAUCAUAAUUUAUAGUUUGUCAUAUUGAACAACCAUUAGAAAGUUAGAUUGAUCUUUCAGCAAGGUUUUGGUAUGAUUUGAAGCAUUGACCUACAGUUUUUGUUUCCAUCAAAAACAUUUGGUACCUUCUUUCCAGAGAAAGCUUGAAUCUUUUAAUACAGUGAAAUAAUAUAUGGUAUGUAUGGUUAUAUCAUUGAAUAAAACAUUUUACUAGC